CUCUCACCUCUUUUCAUUUAUAAAUAAAGAUUGGUAGACACAAAUUUAGAAUAACACAUAUAAAUUGAUCCUUGCUUUUUCUUAUACUAUUAACAAAAAAAAAUACGAAGUAAUAGAAUAUGGUUGUGAAAGUAUACGGACAGGUUACUGCAGCUUGUCCGCAAAGAGUCUUGCUUUGUCUUCUUGAGAAAGAAAUUGAAUUUGAGAUUGUUCACAUCGAUCUCGAUACAUUAGAGCAGAAAAGACCAGAACAUCUUCUUCGUCAGCCAUUUGGUCAAGUUCCAGCCAUAGAAGAUGGAGACUUCAAGCUUUUUGAAUCUCGAGCCAUUGCGAGAUACUACGCGACCAAGUACGCGGACCAAGGCACGAACCUUUUGGGAAAGUCACUAGAGCACCGAGCCAUCGUGGACCAGUGGGCUGAUGUGGAGGUGGGUUACUUCAACGUGCUGGUACACCCUUUAGUGAUGAACCUAGUCAUCAAGCCGAGGUUAGGCGUAGAAUGUGACGCCGUUUUGGUCGAGGAGCUCAAGGUGAAGCUCGGGGUGGUCUUGGACAUAUACGACAACCAGCUUGCUUCGAACCGGUUUUUGGCUGGUGAUGAAUUCACUAUGGCUGAUUUAACGCACAUGCCGGCGAUGAGGUACUUGAUGGGUACCGGUCUAAACCGGAUUGUUAAGGCUCGGGUGAAUAUGAACCGGUGGUGGGAAGAGAUUACGGCUAGACCGGCUUGGAAGAAGCUUAUGAAUAUUGCUGGUCUCUGAAUUAUAGCUCAAAUUUAUGAUGAUGAUGAUGAUAUACGAACAAAAUAUUUUCUGUUUCUUUUGUUUGUCUGAGUUAAAACAAUUUACUUUUGAAGAUAUUAAUUUGUCAACUGGAAGGUGUUUUUCAUAUAAGAAAUUUUCUAUAUUGAUAUAAUAAAAGUUUUACUUAUUU